GCUUACAUGAAUUUCCAAGCGCUAGACCUGCCUCCGAGAUCAGCCCAAUAAGAGCUGUCAGGGGAGGCUCCCGGCUCACUUUUCCACAUCACUUCACAGUUACAUUUGGCAGGCAGGCACGUUGGAGCGCUCAGACCCGGAAUUAGUGGAUUUAUUUGGAAUAUCCCUGCUUUCCUGGAGAUGUGCUGCUGCCGAUGAUAUGUGCAAAGGGAGAAAUUAGUAACUACACUUUAGCAUGCAGGCACAGAAACCUGAGAAGCUAAAUAACCAGCAUCUCCUCUAGCAUCAGCAGCCUGAAAAAGCAUGAAAAGAAAAUCUGGAGAAUCCUGUCUAUUCACAGGGACUGGCUAAUAUUUUUUACCUCACCCUCUUAAUCCGUUUGUGAAGUGGCUGUUAGCAAGCUGUUUCCUUGGUCCUUGGAAGAGAAUCUUUAAUGACUGGAAAACUCAAUGGAUCAUGUUUUUAUAAUCUAAGCUAUUUUUAUGUUGACUGUGCUGUAAACACAUGGAGGAGCUCUUGUGGUACAAUGCCAGAAAGACUAACGGAAAUGCUUAUGGAUACAUGGACUCCAUUAAUAAUAUUAUGGAUUACUCUCCUUCCUUCCAUUUAUAUGGCUCCGAUGAAUCAAUCUCAAAUACUACCAAGUGGAUCCAGUACAGAACUAAAGAGGCUAACUGAAGAACAGAGAGUUUUGAACCGUUCCAAGAGAGGCUGGGUUUGGAAUCAAAUGUUUGUAUUAGAAGAAUUUUCUGGACCUGAACCAAUACUAGUUGGCCGGCUACACACGGACUUGGAUCCUGGCAGCAGCAAAAUCAAGUAUAUCCUAUCAGGAGAUGGAGCUGGAACAAUCUUUGUGAUCAAUGACAAGACUGGAGACAUUCAUGCAAUGAAAAGGCUUGACCGUGAGGAAAAAGCUGAGUACACUCUAACUGCUCAAGCAGUCGAUAGGGACACAAAUAAACCUCUGGAGCCUCCUUCAGAAUUCAUUAUUAAGGUUCAAGACAUCAAUGACAACGCCCCCGAGUUUGUUGAUGGUCCAUAUCAUGCCACAGUUCCAGAAAUGUCUGUUGUAGGCACCUUUGUUACUAAAGUAACAGCUACAGAUGCAGAUGAUCCAGUUUAUGGAAAUAGUGCUAAGCUGGUUUAUAGCAUUCUGGAAGGACAGCCUUACUUUUCCAUUGAGCCACAUACAGCUAUAAUUAAAACAGCUCUUCCCAACAUGGACAGAGAAGCCAAAGAAGAGUACUUUGUGGUCAUCCAAGCAAAGGACAUGGGAGGACAUAUGGGUGGACUCUCUGGAACUACGACAGUGACGAUUACACUCACUGAUGUUAAUGACAAUCCUCCGAAGUUUGCACAGAGUCUGUAUCACUUCUCAGUAAUGGAAGAUGUUGCUCUUGGUGAACCGAUAGGAAGGGUGAAGGCAAAUGACCUGGAUAUUGGAGAAAAUGCUAAGUCAUCCUAUGAUAUUAUUGAAGGAGAUGGAAUGGAUAUAUUUGAAAUUACUACAGAUGUCCAAACUCAGGACGGCAUUAUUAGAGUGAGAAAGCCACUGGACUUUGAGACCAAGAAAUCCUAUACUCUGAAGGUAGAAGCAGCCAACGUUCAUAUUGAUCCUCGCUUCAUCAGUGGAGGACCAUUCAAGGAUACAGCAACAGUAAAAAUUGUAGUAGAGGACGCUGAUGAGCCACCAGUCUUUUCAUCACCUACUUAUCUACUGGAAGUGCAUGAAAAUGCUGCUAUUAACUCUGUGAUUGGUCAGGUGACUGCUCAUGACCCUGAUGUGUCUUCCAGUCCUAUAAGGUUUUCCAUCGAUCGGCAUACUGACCUUGAGAGACAGUUCAACAUUAACGCAGAAGAUGGGAAAAUAACUUUGGCAACACCACUCGACAGAGAAACAAAUAUGUGGCACAACAUAACUAUUGUAGCUACUGAAACUAGGAACCACAGUCAAGUGUCCCGGGUGCCUGUUGCUAUCAAAGUUCUUGAUGUAAAUGACAACGCUCCUGAAUUUGCAUCAGAGCAUGAAGCCUUUUUAUGUGAGAAUGGGAAGCCUGGACAAGUAAUUCAGAUCGUCAGUGCCAUUGACAAAGAUGAUCCUAAAAAUGGGCAUUAUUUCCUAUAUAGUCUUCUUCCUGAAAUGGUCAACAAUCCAAAUUUCACCAUCAAGAAAAAUGAAGAUAAUACUCUCAGCAUUUUGGCAAAGCAUAGUGGAUUCAGCCGGCAGAAGCAAGAAGUAUAUUUAUUGCCAAUCAUAAUAAGUGAUAGUGGAAAUCCUCCCAUGAGCAGCACUAGCACCCUCACUAUUCGAGUCUGUGGUUGCAGCAGUGAUGGUAUUGUCCAGUCCUGUAAUGCUGAAGCAUAUGUACUUCCCAUUGGACUCAGUAUGGGAGCCCUAAUUGCAAUAUUAGCAUGCAUCAUUUUGCUACUAGUCAUUGUGGUGCUGUUUGUAACACUGCGAAGACAUAAGAAUGAGCCUCUAAUUAUCAAAGAUGAUGAAGAUGUGAGGGAAAAUAUUAUUCGCUAUGAUGAUGAAGGAGGUGGUGAAGAAGAUACAGAAGCCUUUGAUAUUGCAACUUUGCAAAAUCCUGAUGGAAUUAAUGGAUUUUUGCCUCGUAAGGAUAUUAAGCCCGAUCUUCAAUUUAUGCCCAGGCAGGGUCUUGCACCUGUUCCUAAUGGUGUUGAUGUUGAUGAAUUUAUUAACGUAAGGCUGCAUGAAGCUGAUAAUGAUCCUACAGCUCCACCAUAUGACUCUAUCCAGAUUUAUGGCUAUGAAGGAAGAGGCUCAGUGGCUGGUUCCCUUAGCUCAUUGGAGUCCUCUGCAUCAGACUCAGAUCAGAAUUUUGACUACCUCAGCGAAUGGGGUCCUCGCUUUAAAAGACUCGGAGAACUUUACUCAGUUGGAGAAAGCGACAAAGAAACUUGACAGUGGAUUACAAACUUUUUCACUGUUGACUUAACAAACAUGUAAUAUUCUAGGGCCACUGCUGUUAGUUAAAACUACUGUGGCUUUUUGUUUUAGAGGCAAGUUUAGCGCCAGUCAUCUAUAAAAUCAACUACAUUGUAAUGUUGAACCAAAAAAAAGUAUAUGUUAGGAGGUUAAGUCUUGUGGAGUGUGAAGUAAAGUAUGUGGAGUGUCUAGAAGUCUUUGGAUAUUUGAUAUUCACUUGGCCACUCUGAAGAUGGAGAUUUGGAUCUUUGAUUAUCUUCAGUGAAAAGAAUGAAAAGAAAACGGUGCUUUCUUAGGUAAUGGACCUGCAGGGAUUUUGCUGUUGAACAGUAUCUCCUGCCAGUAUGUGUAAAGCUAAUGGUUUGUUUCUGCAUUGCCAACAAAGAUCCCACCACAGAAAUGUUAAAAAGCAAUAUCUUGGUCUUCUUAGCAAUGCUGAAUAGAAAUAGCAUUGUAAAUCCCUACUGACUUCUACUGUGCAGUGACCAUACAUUGUACAUACAGUAAUUGUUGGCCACGUAACCACAGACUGAUCAUCAUUAAAUAUUGUGUCAAGCCUUAAAAUAUUCACAUGUUCUUAAUCCAUUCCAGUGAUGGGUAAUAAAUCCUACUGAUGUGCAGAGAUUCAGAGGCGGGGGUACAAAACCUUGCUUUACAAAAAGAUUUUUUCUAGAAGAAGGAUCGAUCCUGCACUUCGUCUUCUGAAAGGAAAAAAAAAAACCUCUGAAAGGGGAUGGACUUACAUAUAUGAAAGAAUUGCUGAUUUUAUUGCUAAAGAUCAAGUUUAUUUGUUCAAUUCUUGAAAUAAAUAUUUUAUUGAUGUCCAUUACUGCUUUUAUUUAUUAAGACUGAUAAUCUGUAGAGUGAGAUUAUACAGAAAACUAAAUUAUAUCCAUUAGAGUUUUUUUCUAUAUGUAAUGAAUGUUUAAUACAUGUACAUUUUGAAACGAAAAAUGACAAAUUGUUGCAGAUUAAAGCAGUAACCUAUCCAUUUGCAGUAGUUGAACUUUAAGAGAAUGCUGGCAGGAAUAAAAUUUUCCCAGAGAAAAUUUUUGACAGUUUUAUAUCUUCUUCAUAAAUCUAGUAACUGGUGUUUUUCAUACAAGCACAAACAGCUGGAAGUAAACUGGUUCAUGUGAAUAUUUCAACUAUUGACUUUUAGAAUUCCACACAUAACACAGUACAGUAAAAAAAAACAUGCUUAUAGUUCUCCACUGUAUUAGAGCAGGAACCAGUGUGUACAUAAUUUUACUGCUUAUGUUAUUAGCAUUUCUUUUCUAUAAUAUUCAUGGUGAUGCACCAGGGCUCUUGCACACAGAGAAAGAAAUACACUAGAAGCUGCAAGCAUAUUCAAUUUGUAAUGCAAACUUGCCAUUUAGAAGUAGCAACUGUAUAAUAAAACUAUGUAUUACAUGCAAAUCAUUUUAAUUUUCUACUUUGUUUUCAUGCUA